AUGGCCAUGAACAUGGACGGCAUGGAUCACUCCUCAGGGUCGGGCUCGAGCACAGGCAUGUCGAUGCCCAUGGUCUUCACCACCGACCACAGCACGCCUCUCUACUCUUCAGCAUGGACGCCUCUCAAUACCGGCGGCUACGCGGGGACAUGCAUCUUCCUGAUCGUUCUGGGCAUCAUUUCUCGACUACUCCAAGCCUAUCGACACGUCUUGGAGAUCAAAUGGCACGACCGAGCUGUGAAGCGACGCUACGUCGUGAUAGCGGGCGAGACCGCAGACCAGCGGGAGAAGCAGCUGGGCUUCGGCGAGCCGCACAACACUGAGGAAGCAGUGUUGACUUCGCGAGGGGUUGAGGAGCGUGUGAGAGUACUUAGGACGUCUGGGCGAGGGCUGGAGAUGCAGCCUCGGAGGUUUAGCACGGAUCUUCCGAGAGCAUGCGUGUUUGUGGUGCAGGCUGGUGUUGGAUACCUGCUGAUGUUGGCGGUUAUGACCCUGAACGUUGGCUACUUCCUAUCUGUCCUUGCCGGCCUUUUCGUCGGCGAGAUCGCUUGCGGGCGGUAUGCUCAGAUGGACGACGGCCACCAUUAA